CAAAAGUGAUCACAUGGAAUGCUAGUGAUUUUUAUUUGAACUUUUUUAUGAUAGACUCACAGUGAAGCAGUAUGAACAAGAUAAUAGCUUAGUCUUUAUCUCGUCUAAUAAUCAAUUUUAAUUUUUUUCCAAAUACAUCUGGAAUUGUGUUCGAUUAUCAGUAUUCCAAAGGCCCACAACAGCAAUCAUGAAUUACAAAGGAUUUGUCACGAAUUGUCCACUGUUUCAGCUAAAGUCAUUCUUUUUUUGCAUGAAAUUAAGAACAGGGUGUUAUUUCAUCAGUUUGCUAUACCUGGCUUGGGGCGGUAUUCUUUUUAGAGAAGAACUCUCAUCUGCAGAGUUCAUGUUCUCUUACAGAUUGGAGAACAAAUACGUUUCUGUGUUUUUUACAUACGAUGUAAUGCCAACUCUUAUGGUCAUAUUUUCAAUAUUUUUCAUAUAUGGACUUUACAAGGAACACCUAUUAUUUGUGUUUAGCGGAGUUUCUCUUAUAAGCUUGCUUUUUAGCUUAUUUGUAAUGAUAAUGGUGGAUGCAUCAAUCAGACAUUACAUUUCUGAUACUGAGUAUCUGUCCUUACUGUUAACCUUAUUAGGUUUGGCUUUUUUGAGUCUGAUUGUAGUGAAGAGUUACUACAAUGAGUUGUCUUUAAAAAAGAACCGGACGAGUCGUACAUUAGAAGAACGUCAAACAGCAAACACUGAAUUUGAAAACCCACAAUCGUUAAGUUGAAUAAUUUUCUCUAUCAAAUGAUUUCUUUAAUUCACUAUUAUUUGUUUUGAUUAACAUUGUUUUGUAUUUAAUGUUUAUUAACUAUUUAUUAUGUUAUUAAAUCAUUAAAGUUGCAGUGUUAUGUUUUCAUUUUGAAACUGCCCAUGUAAUAAUAAUUAUUUAUUGAGAUGUACAAUCAUGUAUUAGUGCAUUUUUUGAUAAAAAAUAAA